ACAAGUAGUCGUUUACAGUUAUAGUUAGAUAGUCCGGAUCGGGCGCUCGUUCAGCCGGGAUGACUUUUUGUGUAUAAAACCUUUUUAUUUAUAUUUAUAUUUAUUAUUUUUAUUUUUUUCUUAUCCAGAGUUUAAUUCAAAGUGAACAUUCUUUUCCUGAGAACCUAAGUUCCAUCAUCGAAACGACUUUCACAAUUGUUCAGAGAAAUCAGUGCUUGAUUAUAUUUCUUAAGUAGUUUUUUUUUAAAAAAUGUGUAUAUGUGGCAGUAUUUGUUAUUAAUGUGCUUUUAUUUUUGUUAUUUAUUUUAAUAUUUAUUAUCAUUUUUUAAAUAUAUAUGUAUAUUUAUAUUUAUAAAUAUAUUUUAAACUUUAAAAAAGUUAGUCUCAAUCAAGGUGUUUCAUGAAAAUUUUUUAAUGGAUUGGUAAAUACAAAUAACUCGAAAGAAAAAAAAAACAAUGCUGACAAGUGUGGACGACAUGCGGAGGAUAAAACGUCAACGAGCUGACGGACGACUUAGGCAAUCCACCAAGAAUUACGUGUGAUAAUAAAAAAAUAAAUAAAAAAAAAAAAACAAUGAAAUAAUAAAAGUAGACUGAAAACAUAACAAAAAAAAAAAUUAUUUAAGUAUUAGAAACUAAUUAUUUCGACUUUUUUUUUAUUUUUUGGACACUAUCAUUUCAUAAAUAUAUUUAUUGUGAUACGAUAAGGAAAAAAAAAAAAUAAAAGCGAAUUAUUGAGAGUGAAGUGCAUUGUUUUAUAAUAGAGAAAUUUAUUUGCUCAAGUGCAACAUUCUUGCAUUAAGAUAAUUAGUUCCUGCAAAGGGCCAAAUAGACUUAUUUUGUGGAUAAUUGUGCUGAGGAAAUGCGAAGCUUAGAAAGAUCUUCAGCUAGUGAUCAGGAUUGUGGUGAUCAUGAAAUGUACACCGACCUUGAUGACGCCUCCGUUGACUCAAUUACGGGAAAACGAGGGCGUCAUCACAUCGCUGGAACAGAGGCAGGUGAAGAAAGUGAUAGCAGUAGCUGUGAUCACAGUCCAAAACAAACAAAAAGAAGAAGUCGAGUUAACGGAACACCAACAGCAAGAAGAAGAAAAGGAGGAAUAUCAGCAAGAGAAAGAAAUCUCAGAAGAUUAGAGAGUAAUGAACGUGAAAGAAUGAGAAUGCAUUCACUAAAUGAUGCAUUUGAGCAAUUAAGAGAAGUCAUACCACAUGUAAAAAUGGAAAGAAAACUAAGCAAAAUUGAAACACUAACACUUGCCAAGAAUUAUAUUAUGGCACUUACAAAUGUCAUUUGUGAAAUGCGAGGAGAAGAACAACCUUACACAUUUGUUGAUGGAGAAUGUGGUUCCAACAGUGGUGAUAGUACAGGACAACUAGAAAUGAGUAGUGGUGAACAAGCUGAACAACCAUCACCGGAUUUAAUACAUGAAACGAAUAAUAAUAAUCUUCUACAUGAGAAUCUCGAGCGAAGGAUAGCUUAGCUUUGAGAAUUGAUUUUUAACAUUAAAAUUCAAAUGAAAAUUUGGACUAAUUAUUUGUUAAAUAAUACAAAGACAAAAAUUAUUAAUUUAAUUUGGCUGCAAAUGAAAAAUUGACCAUAACGUGCUAGUAUAUAAGAAUUAUAUUUAAAUUUUCUUGUAAUUUAAUAAUCAUAAAAAAGUUCUAGCGAAAAAUUGAACUUGAAAACGAAUAGGAAAAACAAAAUUAUCGUAUUUGACAAAAUGAUUGAUUAAAAUUACAUCUAAUAUUGAGUCAUGAAAAUCCAAGAAAAAAAUUGACAACUUUUAAAGAUUUUUCAUGGAAAACUAUUAGAGAUUUUACUACUAUCAGAGCUAUUGUCAAAGAUAGCGUAACAUCCAGGAAAAUUAGUUUAGUUGAUUUCGAAAAGAGUAGAAAAUAAAAAAUGAUGACACCGAACUCGACUUGAACCCGGGAACUCAUGAUCCGUAACUGAUGUGCAUUGACCCACUUGAUAAAUAUUCACAAUUAUCAGCACAAACGUUAUACAUAAAUUUUUAAUUAAAUUUAUCCAUUUUUAUGACGAUUUUUUUUACUAUCAAAAUUAGUUGCAUUGAAUAUUAACAAAGAUAUUUAAGUGAGGUCAAAGUUAAUUAGAACUUAAUAAAAAUGAUUAUGCCAAUAGCUGUGCAUACAUUUCCAGGUUCAAAUCUUAUUCGAUGCAGAAUUUUUUUAAGCAAUCUUUAAGGUUUUCCUUUGAUGAUCAUUGAUAAUUGUCAAAUUUGUUUCAAUUAAUUUCAUACUGUGCUAAUGAAAUUACCGAGUUAAGCACAGUGCUUUUUUAUAACAAUCUUUAUACACUUUUAAUUAUAACGAUAGAAAAUUUCAAACUAAUAUCUAGCAAAUACAAAAUUCGACAUGUUGAAUAUUGUAUUAAUGAUAUAGGUAAACCGUCCAAAAUAUAUAUGUAUUUAUAUAUAUUAAUUAUUAUCAGCCUUUGACAUUUUGCCUACUAGGAUAGAUCCUUGACACAGAUCGACUGAUAUACUGGGUCAAUGGUCAAGAACUUGGACAGUGAUCAAUAUUGAUCCAUCCAAGUACUAACCACUCGAAUGUGCUGUUAAAUACUUUGGUAAUGAUCAUUAUAACCAGUACAUCUCAGGCCGAAGCUCAAUUUUAAUUUUAAAAUAUCUGGCCUACUGUAUCUGUACGUGAGAUACAAUUUAGCAUCGAGGUCCAGGUUCAAAUGCGAUACUGUGAUAUAAAAUUUUGUAUCCAAACUUUCAUCGGUUUUAUUUAGCCUAAAAUCCGUCAAUUUUCGCUUCCGCGUUUUUCAUAUAAAUAAAGAUUUUUAUUUUUUUGUUAUUUAAAAAAAAAAAAAAUUGUUAUAUAUCUUUUUAUCAGAAAAAUACAUAGAUAAUAAAAUUUAUUUUUGUGCAAUUUAAAUUAGAAUUUAAAUAUUUUAUGUCUUGUUAUAAAAUACUUGACUAUUUCACGUAAAAUAAAAAAACAAAAAUUAGUUAAUUUAAAAAAGAAAAAAAAUUUGUAUUUAUAUCAUUAUUAUUAAUUAUAUAUUUUUAAAAAAAUUAUUUCAAAUUUUGCAAUUAUUUUUUAUGAAAUAUUAUAUUUAUAUUUUUAAAAAGAAAAUUUAUUAAUUUCCGUUUAUUAAGAAAUCUUAAACAUUCCAGAUGUUUUUCGCGCAAGAUUUACUGAUGAUAUGGUUGUGAUUUUAAUUAUAGUAAUAAUUGUUUAUACAUAAACUUUAUUUGAUUGUUAUUUUAAAUGUAAAAAAUAGCAAAAUGUAUUUGUUUGUAUCGAAAUUUGUUUGAAAUAUUUUAUUAAUAUAAUAGAAUUUUUUUUUAUUACGUGCGCAUAUUAAUUGUUUAUUGUUUUCGUGGUGAAAAAAAUCAUCAAGUCAAUCUAGUAAAAUAAUGCGUUUGAGAAUACGUUAAACAUUCGGAGUGUAAUAAGAAUUCAUGCAUGGCUUUAAAAAACCUAUUUUUAAAAUUUUCAUUUUAGACAAUAAACUUGAAUCAAAAACAAUAAGAUUCUUGUUUUUUUUUCGUCAUUAUAUCACAUUGUGUAAGCUUAAAGCAUUGUGAAAUGUAAAAACAUUUUACUGUUUAUCUGUUUAUAUUAAUUGUUUAAAUAAUUAUGAAACAAAAAAAAAAAAAAAAAUGUUUUUUAUUUAAUGAACACAUCUACUCCAUUGUUAUGUCAAAAAAAUCGUAGCAGACAUUUUUGGGAUUCAGUUUAAUCAGGACUUUAAAGUUUGUUUGUUUUUUUUUUACUUGGUAAUUGUUUUUAUUGUCACUCAGGCAUUCUUGACAUAAUUCCAACGAUAUUAUCAAAAAAAAAAAUAUAUACGUUUAUCAAUAAAUUAUUAAUUAUUUAAUCAAUAGUUAAAUUAAUUAUUAAUAAAUAAAAUAUUUGGUGUUAUUGCUUGUCGAAACAAUAGUAAAUAUUUGGAAUGUAUUUAACAGAUUAUCGCCAUUAUUUUUUUUGAUCUUUAUAAAUUAUAAUAUUACAAUUGUGUAACAAGACAAAAUAGUACA